AUGCCCAAGCACAGUGACAGAAGUGAGGAUGAGGAAGAAUGGCUCGAAGAGGAGCUCUCUCGCGGCAAGGGCAAGAAGAAGAGCUACGCGUCAUCAGAAGAUGAGGGCCGCAACGACGACUACUCGAGCAGUGACUCGGAUUCGGACGGAGGCAGGCGACGCGGCGGUGGUCGCUCCAAAGCCGCCCCGCCUCCGCUCAAGAAGCGAAAGAGCGGCGGCGGUCGUCGCGCGUCGUCGCCCUCCGACUCGUCCGACGACGGACGCGACGACCUCGACGCCGACUCGGGCGACGGCUUCGGCGACGAUCUCAUGGGCGAUGACGACGAUCGCGCCUAUCUGUCGUCGCUGACGGAAAUGGAGAGGGAGAACAUAUUGAACGAGCGCUACGAGGCGCGCAAGAAGCGGCUCGAGCGGAUGGAACUCCGACGGAAGCUUCAGCAAAGCAAGGGCACACGGGCGAGCGCGCGGGCGAGCACGGCCAAGGGUACGGGCGCCAAGACGGGUGUGAAGGCGUCAGCGCUGUCCAACCUGAAGGCCAAGCGCGAGGAGAAGGCCACGCGGGCCAAGCGGCGGGCCAAGGAGAUCGAGGACCGCGUCGACGUGGAGGGCAGCUCCGACGACGACAGCGACCAGUGGGACCGCGGCCGCAAGCGCGCCAAGCACGACGCGCGCCCCGCAGCCACCCCCAGCGCCGCCGACAAGAGCCGAGUCGAGGAGGAGCGGAAGCAGGAGUGGAGCGAAAAGGUGGAGGUGCGCCAGUACCCGACGCUGGAGGAGGUCAACUCGGUCAAGCUGGGCCGCUCGCUGCUGGAGAAGUGGCUCGACCAGCCCUUCUUCGAGAAGACCGUGCCCCGCUUCUUCGUGCGGGUCGGCAUCGGCAUGAACCGCGAACAGCAGAACGCCUACCGCAUGGCCCAGGUCGUCGUGGCGGAGAAGGGGCCGAGGACGUACACGGUGGGCAAGAAGAAGACGCAGUACAUGCUCAAGCUCUCGCACGGCGGCAACUCGAAGAACUUCAGCAUCGAGUACGUGUCCAACUCGCCCAUCACCAUGCCCGAGUACGAGCGAUGGCUGCGCGAGGUGGACAAGGCCCACAUGGACAUCCCCACCCCGGCCGACAUCGAGGCCCGGCGCCGCGACCUCGAAAGCACCCGCCACUACGUCUACACCCACGAGGAUAUAUCGCGGAUGAUUGAGGAGAAGAGUCAGUUGCGGGCGCGUCCGGUGAAUCUGGCGGCGACGAAGGCCCACCUCAUACAGCUGCGCGAGGCGGCCAAGGACCGGGGCACCGCCGAGGAGGUGGCCAAGGUCGACGCCGAGCUCCAGCGAUUCGCGGAGCUCGACAAGCGCGAGACCGAGAAGCGACAGAAGAAGCUCAAGGUCGGCGACAUCAACAAACGCAACAAGGCGAAGAACAUCGUGGAUUCACACGUGACGGCGGUGAUCGAGGCAAAGGCGGAGACCGACGACCCCUUCUCCCGCCGGCCCACCGCGCCGACUUUCCACAUCUUCGCGAGCAAGCCCGCGGCGCCGGCCGGCUCGUCGUCGUCGUCGUCAUCUUCGGAGCCGGCGCCGCCGGUCGCUACCGAGGCCAAGACGCCGGUGCCCGCCGAGAAGGCGGCGGACUCGACCCCCGUGCCGAACAAGGGCAAGGAAAAGGAGGAGGACCGCGCAGCGGAGCCCACGGCCCUCCUUCAGCUGCACGACACCCUGGACCUCGACAUUGAAGUCAACCUCGACGACCUCACCUCCCCCACGACCAAGCGGCCAGUUUCACUGCCGCACGGGGCGAACCGGAGGAGCACGGGAGGAGGAGCGGAGCAAGCGGCCAAGGCCAAAGCCAUCAGCCUCGACGACUACAAGAGGCGCCGCGGCCUCCUCUGA